CUGCCUGGACCAGUCUUACUUAGUUCGAGAUGCGGCUUUCGGAUUCAGUCUCCAGGAAGCAUCGUUGUUGUACGCAUCUCUAUAUUAUCGACAUUGGAACCUCCUGUUUUAAUAAGCGUGGUUUGUCUUAUCAAAGAACCAUCAGAAAUAUGACAGUACCAUCGCAAACAACAAUUUCGAUCAUUUUCUUAGGCCUAUGCGCAGUCCUCACGCAUGCGCAGAUUCGCUUCGAGGGAAGAUGCCCCAAGUUACCCGUCAUCAAAGAUUUUGCCUUUGAUCGAUACCUAGGCCGAUGGUUCGACCAGGAGAAAUACUUCGUGGCUUACCAGACCGUAGGCCGAUGCUGGAGUGGGACUUACAUCAAGGAUAAGAACUCGGGAAAAAUCUCCGUCAGGCUCGACUUCAGGGAUGUUGUGCUUAACAGACCGAACGUCAUCACGGUGGACGUGUUCAGGAAGAAGCCUGACGAGGAGCCCAGCAGACUGACGUACACGAUCCCGAACGUCCCUUUGUACGAGGACAACUACGAAGUCUUGGCCACCGACUACAAGAGCUGGACUAUCGAGUACGCCUGCGUCGAGAAGGGCCUCCUAGGACACACUAGAAUCGUUUGGAUCCUCACCAGGUCACCCCACCCGCCCUACGAGGUCAUCCGCGAAGCCAAGGUCGCCCUGAUCCACCUGGGUAUCGACCUGGAGUACCUGGAGAAGUCCGAUACCUCCUGCUACUAGAAUUACCUGGGGUAGGACUUAGAAGGACGAAGAAAGAGUAUAUGAAUGGAAGAGACAUACUACGCUAUAAGUCUAUGAAUGGAUGCGUAAAAGGGCCAGUUUAUGAAUGAAUGAGAGUUUACGAGAAUUUGCCCGUAUAGAGUAAAGAUAUUCUUUAAGUGUGUUUAAAUGCUAUUGAAUGUUUUAAUUGUAUUUAAUGGCGUUGCUAUAAAGAUGUGUUCGAUAGAAUUAAUUCCUGACGUGAUGUUAUAUACAGGUUUAUUGUGGAUGU